AUGGCUUCACAAAAUCGCGUCGACUUCGAGUGCUCCGGAGCCCAGGAAUGGACGCUUCCGGGCUACGGAAAGCAAGGUUACUAUCCAUCCCAAGCAACAGCAAAGACCGGAACUGAUCAAGCUAUACCAGAAUCUCCCAAAGCCACUUCGGAUGAGUUUCCCAAACAGCCCCCAGCUGCACCUGCCAAUAAAGGCACUUCCAGCACGCCGGUGCGCCCCGCAGUUGUCCCACGACCAGCACGAGGCCGUGGAGGCUAUCGCGGACGGAUUGGAUGCUCAAGCGGGGUAUCUCCUAAACCAAAUCUUUUUGGAGACUCACCUGCGAAAUCUAAGUGGAGAGGCAAGCUGGAGCCUACGGGCCUCGUCAAACUACCCGCGCCUUUUGGGACCUUCAAAAAUGAAUUCUUCGGCGUUGCAAGAUUGAGCGGCUCGAUCAGGAAGCCACCGGGGGCGCAUGGCCGCUAUGAGGUCUUUGAAGAGAUUAGCCGACGUACAGGUGCCUUCAUAAAGCCGCCCUUCUAUAACGACAAUACCAUCUGCCUAUGGGGCGAGCCGUUUCAGGUUGCAGCUGCAAAAGACAUCAUUCUCACUAUCGUUGCAAAGUGCAACAAUGCGAGCAAGAAGAAGGUAGUUUGGGAGAAGAUUAUGGCGCAUUCAGUCAGUAAAGAAGCUCGCGUGGAGUUGAAGGAGAAAUACAAUGCCAGACUCCAGGUACUGCAAAAGCAACCGGAUUCUUCUUCCGAGUUUUCGGACCUUAUGCUCUUCUUGUGGCCCAAAGAGGGUCCUUCCAUUGUUGACUCCCUAGGUCCGCAGCUCGAGGCCCUCGAUAACAUACGGGUCAAGUUCAAUUGUCACGUCUUUGUUCCAAAAGAUCUCCCUAAUCAUAUCUGUGCUAUGGGGCACAACGAUGAGGCCAUGAGACAGAUCGUCCGACGCCUCAGAACAAAGUGGACUGAGGUUGUUGCCAACUAUGUUGUGAAAGGCAAACUCUACCUCGUCGAGCCCCCAACUGUCAUGAAAAAUAGGAUUGUCGUGAAGAAAGACGCCCGCCUAGCGAGGCCAUUGCUUCGUGGGACCCCACUCCAGGGCUCUGAGGCGCAACGGUGGCCCGAUCGAGCGAGUCUGAUUCAGUCAAAGAAUAAUGCCCGGCUCCUGAGCAUGGUUGAGAGAUGUCUGAAGGGCGUGGUCGUUGUUCGUGGGCACUUGCGUAUGCGGGUCAAUCUCGGCUCGUUUGUACUCGACCAGUACCGUAUUCCGGCGGACGACAAACCAUACUAUGUUCUGGAAGAGUUCAGAGAGAUGAUACUGCACGAGCAGACUAAGGGACGCUUGAUACCAGGCCUCAAGGUCCAUAAAGACGAACUUCUUGCCAGAUGUUACCAGGCUACCCAUCUGCUUCAGCCAUACCUCAGCACGGCACAAUCGCUGAGCAGCGCCGAGCCUGCAUUUUCAGUGAAUUUUGAGUUCUUAGGCCAGAGCAACUCCAUGCUUCGACUGGAGGCAGAGUUCACCAGGAGCCCCGGUGCAUCAGAAUACGAGACCACCCAGCGAAGGUGGCUUAAACCCCGUCAGGACGGCCAAUCUCGCGACAAACGCCCACCCCUGCAGGUAGCCGUCGUUGACUUCGAAAAGUCUGACUGGCAGCUCGAGUUGAAGUCUCUCGAAUUUUACCAGGCCAGUUCGAUUGAUGCUGCAUUGAGAGAUUUUGCAGGCACUAUUAAGUUCAGAAGCACCGCUACGAUGCACGAUAUUUCGGCCAAGCCUGAGAGAAAGGUCGAAUUCUCUCAAUCCGCGCCGGUGGCUAGAUUUAUCGAGAAGUCCGCCAUUCGUUACAAAAUCAAAGGGACCAACUAUACCCUAGAGAUUGCUCGCUACGAUGAGUAUAGCCGUGCAAAUGCGUCAGCGUUGUCCAAUAAGCUGCCUGCUAGUUAUGCGGGCCCAUUCACCACGGAGCCUAAUACUUCUUGGGGCGCAUCAUUGUUCGACCCUCACUGGGACAAUCUCUUGGGUGAGCAUGCCAAUUUGGCUAUCGGGCAUGCUGCUCAGUAUGACUCAAGUCUGGAGAGCUUUUUCCCGGCAAGAGGGGCAGGGGGCAAUUCGGAGAAAAGCCAAGGGUUCUGGGCGUUUGUCGACACGGUGAAGCAGGUUGCGGGACUAAUGGGUCCUGUACGGACCACCGCAACCUCUUCUGGAGAGAAGUCUCGGCUUGGGGCCAAUUCUGCCAUGAGCGUCAAGCCCACGACGGUUCAGGACCGAUCGAGCGACUCGUCGCCGGUCAUGGGCAUGACCGAUCUGGCUGGACUGCUCAAUGCAGACCUCGGCACCUUGUUCUAG